UUUUUAUUUUUAUAAUAAAAAAACUGUGUGAACUGAAGUAGUCAAUUUAGGUCAAUUCAAUUCCCAAUCUUGUUAUUCACAGCGUCGUGCGCUCAUCGCACCACCGCUUUCCUCCGGUCGCCGGCCACCACCGCCGCCGCCAUGCCGUCGUCUGUUCGUUGAACUUGAGAACUUGCUAUAAACAUGGAAUCCCCCAAAAGGCAUGAAUCCAAUGAGAAUGAGGAUCAGGACAUGAUAAGUAACCUCCCUGACGUCAUUAUUGGUCGCAUUCUUUCUCUUCUUCCUACCAAAGAUGCAGUCUCCACAAGUCUUUUAUCCAAGAGUUGGUUAUACAAAUGGACAUUUAUUACGCAGCUAGAAUUUCAAGAUAAAGAGUGUUCUUCAUCCAAGAAAAUAAGCAAAGAUUUAUUUGUGAGCUUUGUGUACAGGGUACUACUUCAUCUGAAUAGUUCAGGCAUCCAGAGUUUCUCCCUUGAUAUGUCAGAGGAUUAUGAAGCUAUUCACGUGGAUGAGUGGAUAUCUGCUGUUGUAAGCCGGGGAGUCAAAAUGCUUUGUGUCGAUUCAGACCAGAAAGGAAACCUUUCCUCUCAUUCCCUUAUGAAAUACAAGACCUUAGAGGAGCUAGUGCUAUAUGCGUAUGGUUGUGAGAUUGAAGUUCCGACCUUUGCUAUUUUUUCAUCCCUCACAGUCCUGAACUUGACUGGAGCCAUGCUUGUUGGUGACCCUUCUGAUAAAUCUGGAAAGGUUCACCUUAAUUUCCCAGUUCUGAGAACCUAUAAGACAAAAAGUUGCACUUGGUUGUCAAGUGUGAAGUGUGUCACUUUAGAAGUACCUCUGCUUCAAGUAGUUUCUAUACAGGUCUAUAGGCCUUCAGACUCAGUUGAUGAUUAUUCAUAUCCUACCAUAAAGUUUCGUGCUUCACGUCUUAAAGAAUUCAGUUAUAUUGGUUCUCCAUUACCAGACCCCACUGUGUUUGAUCUAUCUGCAGCAAAUGUUGCUUCUGCUGAUAUUUGUUUUGGUUUGUAUAAGGAAGAAAGUUUGCAAGAAGUUAUGGCUCUUUCUGUCGAGAUUCUGAAGAAAUUUCAAAAUGUGGAAUGUUUGAAGUUCCAGAAGUGGAGGAAGGUGUUGCUAGCAAAAGAUUCAUUGACAGGUCUUCCUUCAUUCAAAAUGUUAAGUCGUUUGGAGCUAGGAGCAGUUGCUAGUGAAAUUCUGUUGGCAUUACUUCUAAGAACGCCAUAUCUGAAGACUCUUCUUUUUCAGGGACUACUCCAACCUGACCAAGAACUGUUGAAUUAUGGCCCUGUGCCUGAAUGUUUUUCAACUACUCUUCAAGUGGUAAAGUUUAGGAGUUUUGAUGGUUCUGAGCAUCAGUUAAGUUUUGCUAAAUUUGUGAUGGAAAAUGUUGUUGCCUUGAAGAGGAUGAGUUUCAGGCCUCACUGGAACCGCCCAAAUAUUUCGGAAGAAGUAAAAGAGAAGCUGUACUCAUUUAAGAAAUGUUGUAGUUUUAUGAGUUUGAAAUUCUCAACUUAGGUUAAUGGAGGUUUACAAGGUACAGGGGUUUUUUUUUUUUGAUAAGCAGGUACAGGAUGAAUACAACUUUAUUCCAUGCUUUAAUGUAAAUCAUUUGUGCCCUUCGUGUGCCUUCCAGAGGACAUGGAUUUGCUUAUUUGGUGCACAAAAUUAACGAUGGAGUUACUUAACUUUCA